UUGGGAGGGAUGUAGAUGGAAAGACUUAUUAAAAAAACGGAAGGCUAACCUUGGUACUUCGGGUAAAGCUUAGGGGUUACAUAAGCACUUUCCUAAAGUCGGGCUCUUGUGGUCCACCACACGGAAAGGGGGGGUGAGGUGCCUCGGUUUCUGUCCCGUAAUUGCUGUACCGAUAGGCCGCCUACUUAUCAAUAAGGCUACGUCUUGUUUUGUUGCAUCACCGAUCUAUACCGAUACAUUUUUAUUAAUGUACCUACCUACAUUUAAAUGCACAUGUUUAGGUACUUUUUGUCUUUUCUUUUUUUUCGGUCAUGAUUUCCAAGAAUAUACCAAUUAGACGCCUCGUAGCUCAGGCCUCUAAAUCCAGCGUGUCAGAUACGUGCGUUGCAUUGGCCGCAGCUCGUUUCCAAUUCAGGAGAUGUCUACAUGGAACGGCUUACCUUCGUACAGAUGGAGUAUUUCGCGGUCUCACAGAUAACCGCCUGCCGAUGCCGUGGAUAGAGGCGUGGAAGCUACAGCAAGAAGGAAAAGAUAUAGCAUCUGAUGAGGCUCGGUCAAAGGAACGCGAUCUAAGCCCGAAAAAGAUGAGCGAUAGCUAUCAUCGUGUCGUACUUCCUCUUGGUCGUGAUCCUUGGCUUAGUGACACCUACAUCAACUCAUCCGGUCACAUAAGGUUAGGCACAAUAUUCAUGGAUCUUGAUGCUCUAUCGGGCAUCAUCGUGUAUAAACAUACUGGACCUGGAGUCACUGUCGUCACUGCUGCGUUGGACAGGAUCACCAUCGCCCACCCGCUAACAGAGAUAUGCGAUCUCGAAUACAGCGGGCAAGUAACCUACGCGUCAGGGCGAAGCAGCGUGGAGAUCACCUGCCAGGUCGCCAGGGCCAGGGACGAAGGCGAGCCCAGCAGGCCGGAGGACGUACUGCUAACAUGCACCUUCACUAUGGUAGCCUUGGAUCCCAGAACGAAGAAACCGGUCAAUGUACCGCGCCUGGAGUACACGACUCCCGAGGAAGAAAACAUCUUCAAGGCCGGGGAGGCUAAAGCCCUAGCCAACAAGCAGAAGCUCAAGACUUCGUUGCUUGAGACGGAACCCAACGACCCCGAGUCGGCUCUGAUUCACAAGAUCUGGUUAAGACAACUAGCAUACCAUGACCCGAACAAUCCUCUCCGGCAGCCUAGCAACGUGAUCGCCAUGUCGAAGACACAACUCUCGACCGCGUCUAUCAUGCAGCCGCAAUAUCGCAACCGACAUCAGACCAUGAUCUUCGGCGGCUUCCACCUAAAGCAGACGUUUGAGCUAGCAUUCUGCUGCGCGGCAAGUUUUGCGCACGCGCGCCCGACGUUUAUUAGCGCCGACCCGUGUACCUUCCGGAACCCGGUGCCGGUUGGUAGCGUCCUGUAUCUAACUGCGACUAUCGUAUAUACGGACCCGCCGGUUCUGGAGGAGGAUGGCAGCGAGCCCCGUCGGAGGGACUCGGAGAACCCCGUGACGCGGUUGCAUGUCAGGGUAGAUAGCAAAGUGAGGGACGUCGAGCAUGGGAACGCAAAGCCUACUGGCCAAUUUAACUAUACCUUCUCGGUUCCCAGGGACGUCAAGGUUCUACCACAUACAUACGAAGAGUAUAUGAUGUACAUCGACGCGAGGAGAAGAGUGCAACUGGCAGACGUAGAGGAUCAGCAGGAGCAUGCGGACGUAAAACUCCAAGAGCGGCGAUUAUCAGAGAAUGUCAAUCUUACGGAAUGAACCUAAGGUUGGCCUAGUCGACUUCUACCGACGGAGUUGCUAGAUAUAUAUUAUAUACUAUAGAAGUCUUAGAAGACAGAGGGAGAGAAUAGACGAGAC